AGUGGCAACUGCUGGGUAGUUAAUGCGCUGGCCUGGGAUGUAGGCACGAAGAAAAUCCUGAAGUGUCGGCCCACAGACUGUGAUGGCUGGGAGGUUGAGGGCCCGCUCUUGCCCACCCAGACCGCCUACCACUGAUGUUCCCGGAUGCACUGGCGUCCAGCGCCUGCCCUUUCGCCAUUUCCCCCUAUUAGCAUUAAAUCCCGGUGUUGAGAUGGCAAUGCUUUAGAACCCAGGCGUCAACGUGUUCUGUAGCCGCCAGUCCGCAGGAAGCGCAAGUGAUGGUUUUGCUGGGUGAACUCGGUGGUCACCCAAAUCCUAGUAAUCCAGUCCCGGAGAAGAGCUCCUGGCCUUCCGUAAUGCCAAGUGUGAGGCAAUCAACACAUGCCUUUCGAAAGAACGUUAAAUGAAUCCAGAAGAAGCCCUUUAAAGGAACCCCCUACGAGACCAUGUUGGAAUUGAGGUUUGGGUUAUCCUUCAGCGAAUGAGGCCGGGUAGAUGCACGCUGCUGGGUUUAGAAACAAACAAACAAACAACAACAACAACAAAUGAGCAAGCGAGACGCCCCUUCUGUUUUAUGAGAACCAGGCUGCAAGCAAAUAAAUCGGCUGGCCCCACUGCAAUCUUCUGCGCUCGAGCACCAAGAGGUCCUGUUCCUAUCAAUUACAGAAGCCAUAAAGAAAAGUUUUAAGAAGUUAAAUCUUUACCAUAAUGAGGUGUUGCCACAUCUGCAAACUUCCCGGACGAGUGAUGGGCAUUCGAGUGCUUCGUUUCUCUUUGGUGGUCAUCCUUGUGCUGCUCCUCGUAGCCGGGGCUUUGACCACUUUACUUCCAAAUAUCAAGGAAGACAAGAUGCUCACUUUGCGUAGGGAAAUAAAAUCUCAGGGCAAGUCCGCCCUGGAUUCCUUUACUCUAAUAAUGCAGACAUACAACAGAACAGAUCUCUUACUGAGACUCUUAAAUCAUUAUCAGGCUGUGCCGUAUCUGCAUAAAGUGAUUGUGGUGUGGAACAACGUUGGGGAGAAGGGGCCAGACGAGUUAUGGAACUCUCUAGGGCCUCACCCUGUCCCUGUGAUCUUCAAACUCCAGACAACAAACAGGAUGAGAAAUCGACUGCAGGUCUUUCCCGAACUGGAAACCAAUGCGGUGUUAAUGGUAGAUGAUGAUACGCUAAUUAGCGCCCAAGACCUUGUCUUUGCUUUCUCAGUUUGGCAGCAAUUUCCUGAUCAAAUUGUAGGAUUUGUUCCUAGAAAGCAUGUCUCUACUUCAUCAGGGGUCUACAGUUAUGGAGGUUUUGAACUGCAAACACCGGGGUUUGGAAAUGGCGACCAGUACUCUAUGGUGCUGAUUGGAGCCUCAUUCUUCAAUAGCAAAUACCUUGACCUGUUUCAGAGGCAACCUGCAGCUGUCCAUGCUUUGAUAGAUGAAAUCCAGAACUGUGAUGAUAUUGCCAUGAAUUUUAUCAUUGCCAAGAACACUGGGAAGACUUCAGGGGUAUUUGUGAAACCUGUAAACAUGGGCAAUUUAGAAAAAGAGUCCAACGGUGGCUAUCCUGGAAUGUGGCACCGAGCUGAGCACUUUCUGCAGAGGUCUUACUGUAUAAAUAAGCUUGUUAGUAUCUACGAUAGCAUGCCCUUAAAAUACUCCAACAUCAUGAUUUCUCAGUUUGGUUUUCCCUAUGCCAACCACAAAAGUAAAAUAUGAAACUAAAACAAAAACAAACCUCAAAACUGCUUAGUGUCUGAGUAGCUUCUCUUUGCUAGGGUUGGUGUUUUGUUUUUUUGUUUGUUUUGUUUUUUGUUGUUUUUUUUUUAAGCAACAUCAUGAACUUUUAUCCACUACAGAAGUCUCUACAAAGGAAAAAAUGUACCAUGCUUCUAGGACAUAAAAUUUACAGGAACUUCAAAAACCAAGAAGCUGGUACUCUCUAGAUAGGUUUUUUUUGCGAGGAAUUUUCAUACACGGAUAGAACUCCUUGGUCAGUGAUUUUAUUGUUUACAUUCUGAGACAGUUCUACAAUUUCUUGGACUCCUGGCAUUUGCCUUAAGGACCUAUAGUAAGUUGUCUCCAGGAUCAGAAACUCCAGAAAAGCAUUUCUCAGCUUUUUCCCUAAAGGAUGAUUGUUUUCAUUUGAAGCCUGAAAUGCCUCAUUAGCAAAAGCCUACGGCAUAGAGAAAAGCCAUGUGAGGGGAGAAUAGUCUCAAUCCCUUAUAAAAACAAGUGGAAAACUCAUGACUCCCAGUGCUUUCAUUGUGGUCUUUCCAACCAGCCCUUUCCAGCACUAACUCGGCCCGGCAUGGUUUUGAUGCAACCAUCAGUGCUUUGAUUUUCGUUGAUAAGUCUGUUGUGACUGGGAGAGUUCAUUUUAGUAGCUGAAGGAUGUCUAGUUGUUUGCUUGAUUUUUGUGCAUAUUUACUGCAUGGAUCACAAAAAAGUGCAACCUGUGUUUCUUAUGUGCAACUUCUAUGCAGCAGGGAGCAAAUGUGUUACUGGAUUCAGGUAGUGCAUUUUGUCCCUGAAUCUGACCUUGAGAAGUGUAUGUUAAUUCUUAUAUUUACAUAAACUGUGUGUUGUUUAAGAAACAUAAAAUAAUCUUCUGAAAGAAUGAUUAAUUAGGAACUGGCGAAAGUUACAGCCUUUGGUAUGGAAAGACCUUUAUUGUUAGGGCAUAGGAUUAUCUCAUGGAUACUAAAGAGUUAUGUGUAUUAUACACAAAGUUAAUCUCUCGUAUUCAGAGCUGCUGCUGCUUUUUUUUUUUUUUUCAAAAAAGACCCAAGGCAUUCAUCAUGAUGAUAUUUUGAUUACAUACAGGAAAAAAAUAACUGAAUCAUAGCAGAGGAAUUUUAUAGGGAGUCUGCAUCGGUAAAUUGUUAACCUGCUCACUCUGUUACGUGAAUUAGUAUCUGUGUUCCACAUAGUGUCUGUGUUUGGUCCUUGUUUACAACAGUAGCAAGGAAUACCUAAUUAAGCUCCUGUCUACCACCUUCUCCUCUUCCCCUUCCCCCUCCUCCUCCCAUAAUGUCAUUGUAUUCUCACAUUUGCAAAGCUGUGAAAAUAUAAUAAUAAUCAUGGUUAAUGUUCCAAUAAUGAGGUCUAUGUGCAGUUAGUUCAGUAUAUGUUGUUUCUUUACAUUGGCAUGUGUAGGUGUCUUAAUGCAGUCAGAUAAAACCAGUAGAACCCAGAACCUCACUAAAAACCUAUAUGUUCAUUAUGUGCUUUGGCCAAACUUGGUAGUGAUUUUUUGCCUCUUGGAAUUCACCUGGCAGAUAAAUAAAAUAAACUUCUACCAUGCAGAUGUUCUCUUAA